CGGGGACUGUUGACAAGUCGCACCACCGUUCACCAUUGUCUUUGGAGUAUUCAUUUUAGCGUUUUGUUUAAAGAGUUCUUUUGUUGUUGUUGUUGGUUUUUUUUUUUUUUUUUUUUUUUUUUUUUUUUUUUUUUUUUUAUUUUUUUUUUUUUUUUUUUUUUUUUUUUUUUUUUUUUUUUUUUUUUUUGUUGUUGUUUUUUUAAAGUUUGCGACAUUGUUCAAAGGGACUGAAUAAGUUUUCCCCUUAUAUACUGAUACCGGUGGUUGGCCCGCCUUCUUUUCUAUGGUGGGCGGUGGCUCACCUGUUUAGAGAGUAAUGUGAAUGUGAGUUACCUCCGCCUAGUAAACAACUGAGCGAUGCAUGACAUAGGAUAGUGUGUCUUUCUGAGCUUUGGGAUGCAUUCGUUUUUACCGCGAGACUUCAUCAGUGAGUGCAUGUGUUACACUUCUUAUUAUAGCCACUGGACGGGCUGAACUUAACUGGUCAACUGCAAGCUGACACCAUGGGUCAGGCAAUGACGUCAGAAACGCUGAGCAUCCACGGCAAUGACGGCUUCCGUUACUGGGUGAGUCGAUCACGUGACCUAAAGCCCAAAGGCCCAUUUAACUUAUAAUUAAUGGUACUACUAAUUCCUUGCUCACGACCUUCUGUGAGCGGUUGUUACUCAAGAUGUGUGGAUGCAUGAAUAAAUCACGUGACUGGGUCACUCGCGAUACGUUAAUCUUCAACACACCUGCUGUUGCUGUCAGCGUCAACAGGAUGGCUGUAACUGUGUGCCGGUAGUGUGUGUGUGUGUGUGUCCGUUUGUUUUCACGUUUAAAAGUGGUAGUGUACAGUGUACACCACGUGUACUCUGGGUUAAUUCGAUUUUUGUUUACCACUCUAAAAAAAUCAGUAAAACUUUCCUUUUAAGAGAUGAAUGAAAGCGAUCAAAAGAAGAAGCGCCCCCCCCAACCCACCUCGGGGCCUCUCUAACCCCCACCCCAUGUUGUUUUUUUAAAUUAGGAAAAGUUAUUGUAAAUGGUGACAUUCGGGGCAUCUGAAACUUGUCGUACUAGGCAAGAAGCGCUCUGCGUCAUAUGUCUGCUCUGUGCAUUUCUUCAAUAACAUUUUCCAUCCACCCCUGUGGCACUACAGACCAUGUAGUAGGGAUUUGGCCUGCCUCACCACUUCCUUACACUCAGGCCAUCCAUCCCUUUGGCGCUGCAGCCCGUGUAGGGCUAUGGCAUGCCUCACCACUUCCUUCCACUCAGACCUAACUUAUGCUUUUCUUUUCCAUGCUUAGAAUCCCAGCACCUGUAGAUCUUUUUUCCCCCACAUCACCCAUCCAUAUAAAUAAUAAUAAUAAUAAAGUUCAUUUCAAAAACACGCUUCAUCCCCAAAGGCUCGAAGCGCGGUACAAAGUCAACAAAAAACAAAUCUAUAGUUUACCACAUUUAAAACAAACGCAACACGACAAAAACUAAUUACAAGCAUACAAUGGCAAAGUCUUUCUAGCCAUUUCAACCAUAAGCAACACAGCCAUUAUGCAUUAACUGGAAAAUAAUGUUGACAAUCAUCCCAGAAGGUGUUUGCGAAAUAGAUGUGUCUUUAAAUCGGUUUUAAAGGACUCCAGUGUCUGGUUGUUUCUGAGAUCGACAGGAAGGGCAUUCCAAAUUGUUGGACCAGCAAAUGCGAAAGUGCGCUUUCCGUAAGUCUCAAGGCAAACACGUGGUGUCGAGAGUUUGCCACUAUCGGAUGAGCAGAGCUCUCUAGUGGGUACAUAAGGCAUAAGCAGCUCUUUCAGAUAGGACGGCGCCAGGUCAUGUAAGCAGCGGUAGCACAAAGUUGCGAUUUUGUACUCCAUGCGAGCACGCACUGGCAGCCAGUGCAGCUCUCUCAGAAGUGUUUUUGCAUGGUCAAACUUGCGUUUGCGGAGAACAAUGCGAGCCGCAUUAUUCUGUGCUAUUUGAAUUUUAUCCAGGAGCGUAGCUGGAAGACCCACCAUAAGAGCAUUGCAAUAGUCCAUGCGUGAUAGCACAAAUGCAGACAUCAGCCUCUUUGUUGCAUCAAUUGUUAGGAAGGGCCUGAUGUGACUAAUCCUGCGCAGCUCUAGAAAAAUCGCCUUGCAUAGCAUGUUAAUAUGACUUUCAAAAGUUAGUCUUCCAUCUAGGUAGACACCCAGGUACCGCACUGUUUGAGCUAACUCAAUACGCACACCUGAGAGAGUAAUGGAUGUAGUGUUAUUUGCAGAUUUUUGCUUCUGAGCGGUCGCGAUGGGGAGCAGCUCAGUCUUAUCAUCAUUUAAUUUGAGCUUGUUUAUCGUCAUCCAGUGCUUAACCGACUCCAUUGUCUUCUGUGUCAUACUGAGCAGCUGAGGGAACUGAGAAGGGAUCACGGAUUGAUGAAGUUGUGUAUCAUCCGCGUACAUGUGAUACAACAUGUCAAACUGCCUGAUCUCUGCGCCCAGUGGCUGAAUGUACAUCGUGAAAAGCACUGGGCCUAGGACCGAGCCCUGGGGUACUCCGAAUUCGAUAUUAGAUUUCUUCGAAGUCAAGCCGUUUGAAAUAACUGACUGCACCCGAUUAGUCAGAUACGAUCGGAACCAACACAGGACGGUAUCAGUGAGACCGAAUGUUUGUUGCAGACGCUGGAGCAAUAUGCCGUGGUCGAGCGUAUCGAAAGCUGCCGAUAAAUCGAGUAAAGACAAAAUCGAUACCUUGCCCUCAUCACAAGACGACAGAAGGUCGUUUACGACGCGCAACAGGGCUGUCUCAGUAGAGUGAUGCACCCUGUAUGCUGACUGGAAUGGUUCAAACAAGUUAAACUGAGUGAGGUGAUCCUGGAGUUGGCGGAGAACGACUUUUUCUAAGAUUUUAGAAAUAAAUGGUAGAUUUGAGAUGGGGCGAUAAUUUUCCAUCACAUUUGGAUCAAGAUUUGAUUUCUUUAAUAGUGGAGUAACGAUUGCCUCUUUAAAAGACCUAGGUCUAUCUUUGAGCCCUUUUUCUCUGGGGUUUUGGUGGUGCACCCUCUUCACUCCUCUGUCACUUGACAUUCCCUCUAAGUAGCCUGCCCAGCGUAGCCUGUCCAUUGUUUCACACUAAACAAGAAGCUCCCACCGUCACGUGUCUUCCAUAUCCAUAUCUUCAAUAACAUUUUGCUUCAUACUAAUUGUUCUCUAGAAGUAAAUGAGUAUUUCUUGUUUCAAAUGUAAAAUGCAUUGCUACUUUUCUAGGAGGUUCGAGAGUAGUCAAACGAUUUGUAGAGGUGCAAAAAUAUACAAACACUUGAGGAAACCAUGACCUAACUUAUAACAUGGGUUAGUCAUGUCAGGGGGUCUUAAAUAAUUUCUAUAGAAAUGGUAUUUCACGGGCAAACGUUUGUGGAAAGAAAAUACAGCCAAGAAGCACUACUAAGAAGCACUACUAAGAAGCACAACGAUGAAGCACAACUAAGAAGCACAACUAAGAAGCACUUGCUUUCGUCUUUUCAGAGAGUUAAGAGUGUUGUUUGUCUUCCGAAAGGGUCAUAAUCAUAUAAUGUCUAGAUUAGUACCGUGGAUUACCGCGUAAAAUGCGAUCCAUGUAUGAUGGCAUACCAAAACAACCCCCCCCCCCCUAGAUUUUUUUUUUGUCCAUGAUAAUACUAUACGAAUUACCGAAACAAAUAUUAGUGUGGUUAAUAAAAGUAAUAAAACUGUCAAAAUCCUUUUACGUCGUUUUAAUAGUUAAAUGAGCUGUGGUCGCACCCAAUAGAACUGUGCUGAUGUCCCGUCAAAGGGACGCUACUCACUCGACUGGUGUUACCAAGCGCUGAUACAAGGGGCGCACGGUUGCUGAACGAUAGCCGUGGACUAGAACAAGGGUUGGGAACCUUUUUGUGUAAGAGAGCCAUGUGCACAACAUAUUUUGAAAAGUAAUUCUGUGAGAGCCAUACAUUAUGUUUCAAACUAAAAAUUCAAGAAAAUGUGUGCAUUUUGUGUAAUUUCAACACUAAAAAUGCAAUAAUUAUGUCUCUGAAUUCCUUUUAAUAAUAUUGUUAUGCUGUUGCUAAUCAUUAAUGAGUAUUUCUUACCAUUAAAAUUAAUGCGGCUUUUUUUUUAUAAUCGAACAUUUGUCUGCGAGCCAGAUGCAGCCAUCAAUAGAGUCACAUCUGGCUCGCGAGCCAUAGGUUCCCGACCCCAGGACUAGAAGAUUUAGUUGCAUCAAUAUAUCAAUAUGCCUAUACAUUGUUCACCGGUAAAGACAAAACUUCUUCCACGCGAACCCCUUGUUUUGAGUAGCAUGUUUACCAUCAAAGUUUCGCACUACAUGCGGUGAAAUACGGUAGGUUCAGAUAACGCUCUUAGUAACUAGGUCACGUGUGUUUAGGUAACUAGGUCAUAUGCGUUUGGGUAACUGGGCCAUACAAAAGAGCAUGGUUUCUUUCAGCUAUAUCUCGGGAGGGGGGGGCACUACCCCCCACUGGGGAAAGCCAAGCGCGCCCCCCCCCCCCCCGGGGAAAAGCCAACGCCCCCCCCCCCCCCCGGAGCAAAAAUAUGUCCAACAAUAAAUCAACUGGCACUGCUGGCACUGCCCCCCCCCCCCGAAAAUCUUAAGUGCCCCCAGGAAGGGAGGGGGGGAAUUUCUGCAAUAAUCACUGCAAACGGGUUUCCACUUGCCAGCUAUUCUAUUUACCACUGGAAUUACUUCACUUAAUCCAAUAAUCAACCCUGCCUGAAUGCAGGACCUAUACUCUCUUAUAUAUAGAUUUUGCUUCCGGUGUGUCCUGCAGCCUCCUCAACCGCCCUUGCCCCAACUCCUCAUGUUUUCUACCAAUGGUACUGAGCGCGCGGGAAAAGGCUGUCAAGCAGCGAGCGUCAUGCGUGACAGUUGAACUCAGGUCAAUAGUUGAUUUUUUUUUUUUUUAAUCUUUAGGGGAAGCUGACUAUUAUAUUUUAUAACAAGGUUUAGGACUGUCUUUAGGCACAUUGUUAAAAGGCCGGCAUAUAUUAUAGAAAAUGAGGAGUUAACUUUUGUGUGUGUGUGUGUGUAUUACUUAAAAACCCACCAGGUAUUUUCUCAAAAUACCCGGGCGCGGUGUAAAAAAAAACAACAACAAAAUAACAACAACUACCACCGGUUAAGCUCUAGUUGUUUCCUAUAUUGCAACCUAAGGUCGGUCUCCAGGCCAAGCCUCACAAACGAGGCAGGAGAAAGAUGGCGUACAAAGGUGUCCUACUUGGCCAAGGGUCGAGGCAAUGGGAGAAAGUCAUCGUGAAGGCGUUCACAGAGCUGCCAGGUACGCGUGAGAAUUGGAAGACAGAAGAGGAAAAAGCUGUGUUGGCCAAAGAUCUUGCGGCAGUAUUUCCUGAAUCUUGCCCGUCAGUGCUUAAAAUAAGAGUGAGUUACCGUUAACUGUGUCCUGUCUUAAACAUGAACUAAUCUAAAUUUCAAAAGUGUUCUUUUUUUUUUUUUUUUAAAGUAAAAAAGUCAUAACCAGCUUUGAACAAUUUCUGUUCCGGAUAAAAGAUAGGUUUCUUGUAUACACAGUGGCGUGUCUAUGGUUGGUGUCACUACUCAGUGCGAUAAACUCAUUGUGCCACCCUUUCCAGACUUCUCCACGGACCUCAUCCGAGUCACCCUGCUCUGGUGGCAACCUGCUCUGAUGCAACUUGCUCUGGUGGCAAGCCGGUCGGAUGCCACUUGCUCUGGUGGCAAGCCGGUCGGAUGCAAUCUGUUCUUUGUGGUGAAACUUCUGAAGGCACCUUGCUCUUGUUUAUAUCUUAGAUCUGUUAAAAAACAAACUAAAGUUAGCAACUUUUCAUUUGGAGUAACCCCCCUACAAGGGUGUCACCCGGCACGGUCCGCAACCCCCCCCCCUAAAAAAAAUCGUCCCAGUGAUGCUACUGAUUAUACCCAACUUUUUUCCCCCUUAACCCCGUGUCACUGCCGAUUGAACUGCUAAAUCUGUUUGACAGCACCCCGUUCAACUGUAUGUUCACUAGGUGAUCAUUCCUGGUCUUGUGCAGAUGGACAAAGUCUCCAAGAUAAACCGGUGGUUGGAGCAUCGCCAUGGCUUCAAGGCUCUGGACAAGGACGAUUGGGUGUCCAUCGAAGAGAACGUGAAAGGUAACUCUUGUCUUCUGGUACUUGUGCUAUGACAACAUUCUACGUGUUGAGUCGGGGCCGGGUUGUGCUUUAGGGUUGGUUUGUGCAUUGUGCAGGACUAGGUAAUGCUUUAGUGGUGGUAUGUGCCUUGUAUAGGACUAGGUAAUGCUUUAGAGUUGGUAUGUGCCUUGUAUAGGAAGGACUGCGUAACUAGUCCGAUCACUGUAGCGUGGUUAGAAUGUAGUAACAAAACACGAAACUAGUCCAAUCAUUAUUGUCUGUCACUUUUGGUUACCUUGUGUUUAGGCUAGAGACCGACCGAAUUUCGGCUUCGGUUUCGGCGCCGAAAGUGGCCAUUUUAUCACUUUCGGCAAAGUUUCGAUUUCGGCCGAAACUGAAAAGUUAAAUUUCGGCUUAAUUUCGGUUUCUGCCGAAAGAGAAAAGUUAACUUUCGGUUUUUAUUCGGUUUCGGCCGAAAUUGACUUAGACUUUCGGCGGCCGAAAGUGACUCAGGUUUUCGGUCAUUUUAAUAUUCAGUGAAAGCGAUAUUUAACAACAAACUAAGCCACAUUUCAGAACAAAUUAAGCAAUCUUUGAGAACAAACUAAACGAUAUUUAACAACAAACUAAGGGACAUUUAAGAACAAACUAAACGAUUUUAAAACAAACUAAGCGAACUUUAAGAACAAUCUAAGGGAUCUUUGAUAACAAACUAAACGAUUUUUAAGACCGAACUAAAUGAUCGUUAAGAACAAAAAAAAUUAUCUUUAAUAGUAAACUAAAUGAUUUAUAAGAAUAAACUAAGUGAUCUUUAACAGAAAACAAAUGUUCUUUAGGAACAAACUAAAAGAUCUUUAAGAACAAACUAAAAGAUCUUUAAGAACAAUCUAAUCUAUCUUAAGGAACAAAAUGAAUUAUCUUUAAGAACAAACUAAGCGAUCUCUAUAAAAAAAACUAAACGAUCUAUACAACAAACUAAGCGAUCUUUAACAACAAACCAAGCGAUCUUUAAGAACAAACUAAGCGAUCUUUAUGAAAAAACUAAGCGAUCUUUACAACAAACUAAGCGAUCUUUAACAACAAACUAAACGAUCUUUAACAACAAACUAAACGAUCUUUAACAACAAACUCAAUGAUCUUUACCAACAAACUAAACGAUCUUUAACAAAAAACUAACCGAUCAAUAACAACCAAUUAAACGAUCUUUAAAAACAAAUUAAGCGAUCUUUUAGAACCACAUUUUUUAGAGACCCUGUUUAAAAAAAAACAAUAUUUUGCAUUAAUUUCCCCCCCCCCCCCCCCCCCCCCCCAAUUUUCUCCUACCAUACUAAUUUUAAAAAAAAAUUGUAAAGCAAUUUAAAUUACUUUUAUAUUAAAAUGGUAAUAUCCUACGUAUUCUUAGAUCAAGGGUCUCAAACUCAAAUCAUAGAAAGGGGGGGGGGGAGGGGGGAGCGCAGGAGGUAGUGUCUGAAUGAGAGUGGGCCGCAUCAAGUAAUCCACAAAAAAGCGAUUACAACUGUUACAAUCUGCUCAACCUUUAUAAAUAACAAUAAAAUCAUUAAGGGAUCUCAAGAACUACUCACUGUUGCCAGAGACCUGGCAUACAAAAAUAUAUAGAAACAUAAAAAAAAAAAAAAUCAGAAUUAGACUAGUCGGUGAGAUUCGACUGAAACCGUCGCGGAGAGUCACGUUAUAGAUAUGAGAAUGGGGGAAACGGGCCGGCGCAUUUACACUAAACUUUUCUGUCACGUAGCGGGCCGCAAAAUAUCGUCUUGCGGGUCACAAAUGGCUCGCGGGCCGCGAGUUUGAGACCCCUAUAUUAGAUGUUUAUUUAUUAAUAUUCACGAUUAUCUCAUUUUUUAUAAAAAGAAUGUAAAUGUUUAUACUUUCCCACAUCAUUUUCGAUGUAUGCAGAAUGUAUGCGGGAACGAAUUUCAAAAUAUCUUAAUAUUUCAUUUUCGGUUUCGGCUGCGGUUUCGGCUUCGGUUUCGGCCAAAAUUCAUUUUUAACUUUCGGUAUUUUUUCGGUUUCGGCCGAAAGUCAUUUUUACACUUUCGGUAUUUUUUCGGUUUCGGCCGAAAGUCAUUUUUACACUUUCUGUAUUUUUUCGGUUUCGGCCGAAAGUAAUUUUAAACUUUCGACCGAAAUCAGAAAAUCACUCUCGGUCGGUCUCUAGUUUAGGCUGAUAUAAAAGACUAUCAAUUAGAAAUUAUUGUUGGGUUAUGUAUCAGAUUAUUUAAAACCUUCUAAGUAAAUCAAACGAAAUGCUAGCUAGACACUACUUUAUAUAUAUAUAAAACUUUGUAACUCUCCAUGUGUGAAAUCUCGUGUAGUAUUUUUUUAUUCUAAACAAAGUUUCCGCCAUCUUGUAGGCAGCAUGUUCCGGUUCUGCCCCUGGACGCAUUCGCCAUCUUGGGACGAACUCGAGGUCAUGGAGUCAAAUCACAUGACCACGUUCUCUCACUUCACGUACAAACACACUGACGGCGAGCUGGUGGCCUGCGAGUUCCAGGCGGCGAUAGAGGGCGACAGCUACGUCAUCACGGACCUUGUCAUCCAUUCUAAGUAAGGGAGGUGAUCAUUGUUGUUUUGGUUUUGAAAAGUUCACCCAUCUUGCGAUAGGGUUUGGUCAUUUAAUGGUGGGAAUCUAUUGAUUGAACAUCCGAGCGUACAGUCUGGCGAAUCUCAGUACGAUAAUAAUAAAACAUCCGGGUAUUCGGGUAUUCCGCUUGGCCAGUCUCUCAACAGCUGUUGGGUACUUCUACGUUGAUGUUAUCUGGCGUAGUGGGUCGUAACCUAGACAAAAACGUGUUGACCACUUUAUUUUACUUUUACAAACAAAUUGUUACUGCCAUGUAAGCGCUGAAACACAUUGUUAGAGGCUAUGUUUUAAUAAAACAUUUGUCUAACAUAAUAUUAGGUAAUGCAAUGUGACGUUUUCUGUUCUAAGAAAUGACAAACCCAUAUUCCACAUUGGCCUUGUUCAAACCAUAUUUUCUAAUAUUACUUUUUUAUCUUAACUUCAUCUCCCCUCCCCCUCCCCCCCCCCGCCCCCAACCAAAAAAAAAUCCUUGUUUUUCCAUCUUUCCCACUAACUUUCCAUUUAUAUUUUUAAAACCUUUUCCACUGAUGACAUGAGAAUGAUAAUUUGAACAACUUCUACAAGGCUCAACAAACUACCGUACUCUAGCCACAACAGGGCCACCUUCUCUCUCUCUCUCUCUUUCUCGCUCUCUCUCUCUCUCUCUCCCCUCUACCCCUCUCUCUCUCUCUCUCUCUCCUUCUCUCUCACUCUCUCCCCCCCCCCCUCUUUCUUUCUCUCUCUCUCUCUCUCUAUUUUUUUUAAGAAUGGAUUUAGAAUUUCCUAGUACAAAAUCUUGGAACAUUGACUGAGGUGCGCCCCUAUAUAUUUCAAAAAUACCAGCCAAUAUUUAACUUUGUCUGAUUACCAGUAUACAAUUAUUUUUUUUUUAAAUAUGAAUAAUAAUUUUUUAAAAUAAAAUUAAGUCUUUAAAACCGCCAGUUUCUGAACUUAACAAAAUCAGAUGCAUUCCGAAUGUCGGAAAUUUGGUUGUAUUAAAGGGAGACGAUUACUGAAUUCUUUGUACCGGUACGAACAACUUUAGGUGAGUUAUCUACCUUACGGAUCAUUCUUGUAAAACGGUUAGUUAGACAUGUGGGGUGCGCCAAAGAUCCUAUAAGGUAUUAGGUAUCAUUUGUUUACUGUUAACUAUUCUUGAUUGUAACUGUUCUCUUUCUGUUUUAACUGUUUUCUUUCUGUUUUUAACUGUUUUCUUUCUGUUUUUUAACUGUUUUCUUUCUCUUUUUCUUUAACUGUUUUCUUUCUUUUUUAAUUGUUUUCUUUCUGUUUUUAACUGUUUUCUCUCUGUUUUUACCUAUUUGUUGAAUUAAAAAAAAUAUAUGUAUUAUUUUCGAUUAUUGUAGUGUUCGGCUGCGUAUUCUUGUCUGAAUAUCUGUGCAUUUCAUUUAAUUACCGGUCUACAUUCGUUGAUACUUAUUUACUUUUUCUGCAUCUCCAGAAACCAUGCAUACGGCUAUUUUGACAAAGGUGAAAUGGGAAUCUCGGAGUUCUUCAAAUGGCACCGGUGCACUCCCGUCUGCAAGGAGUGGCCAAAACCCCAAGACCUGACUCCGGCCACAUCGUCCGGAGAGGAUAACGUCGACGGUAAAAAGAGAGUCCAUUUCGAUUUGAAUCUAAAGCGGAUAUUUUUCUCGUCUGGUAGAAUCAGGCACAGGAGUAAAAGCCCCUUGACAUUACGGCGCCACGCCAGCGACGAGGGCGCGAAGAUGAAAAAAAAAUGGCAGGAGAAAUACAACAAGGGAGGCGACCAACUGUGUCCGGCGUCACCUCCCGCUUCCGAUGGCCCUCCUCCCUAUGACUGGCCAGAGCCCCGCGGGAGACAUCGGGCCAUUUCUGACACUUCCGGCGCCGCAUUGGUCCGUCCGUCAGACGUGGAUGUCCCCAGCGUGUACCCGAUGAGGUCGUGUUUGAAACGGACUUACAGUGACCAUCAGAUAACGUAUUCUACGACCAAAGAUUUCACCAUUACCAAAGACUACGGGAUGAACACGUCUGCCCAUCAGCCAGACUGAACGAAAUAAGCAUUAACUUGAUGAUUUGUUGUACCGGUACACUAUUUUUAACUGAUGGGUGUUUAGGAUGGUAUCAUUUGAUGGAUGUGCAGGCUGGGUGGGG